UUUCCCUUCCUCUGUGACCCACACACAUUUAAACGCGCAGCUUAAACAGAAAAAAUUUACAUGUUUCAUCCUGAUUAUGAUUCCCUUUUCUUUUAAAAACUACAGCGUAACCUGAUGGUAAUCGCCGGGUGCGCGUCGCGCUCGCUGCCCGGCGUCGUGUCACCUUCCUCGGGGCAGCAUGGGCUCGUAAGAUGCCUUCUCUGUGGAAACGGAUAACCUUCUCGGUGGCCUCGGUGCUCUGUGUGGGCUCCGUGGCCUUGUUGGUGGUGGCCCUGUCAACGGAGCGGUGGGUGACGGGUAACAUCCUGUGUAAGACCGGGGCGGAGAUAGUGAACGCCUCUCACCCGGAGAUGGAGCAGUUCAUCGGACACAUUUACUUCGGACUGUUCCAGGGAGGAAAGAGCAAGAAGUGCGGGCUGGGCAGGAGACGAUCCAAGAUAUACAUUUUCCCAAAGCUUGUGCGGACAAUAAACGGCGGUCUUCACAUGAUGGUGAUUCUCUUCCUGCUGGUGGCCGUUGGUUUUGCCAUCGUCAGCUUGUCGUUCUGCAUCUACAACGCACGCAAAGUUCCCUAUCAGAGCAUCAAAGGACACAAAGGUCUCUACCUGUGGAACUUCAUCGCUGCUUUUUUUGGCGCUCUGGCCCUGCUGUGUUUCCUGGCCUCCAUGAGGCACCACAGUCUGACCGAGCGGGUGGCGAAUUACAACGAGAGUCUCUUCGUGCUGGUGGUCCUGGAUGACAGUCUGGACUGGUCCUUCUGGCUCGGGGUGGGGAGCAUCGCGACUCACUUUGCUGUCUGUGGAGUUGUUGCCAUGAGCCGGAUCAAACUGCCCAAACCGGAGAUCAAGAAACCGGAGGAACCAACGAUCUCCUCUCUGGACCUGCUUUACUGAUGGAGAAUAUUCGUUUGUUUUUACAUCACUGACUGAGAGCUGCAGAAAGCCACAAAGACUGAUUUAACACUGUGCUGGAGCCUGAUAACUCUACAUGACUUUUAGGUCUAUACCAGCUUGAAAUUGGCAUAACUACUUCACCUAUGCAAAUUCUAACUUAGCAGUUUCUUUUCUGGGGUUAAUAGAGUUAUUUAGUCUCUGACAAAUAACUCUAUAUUUAUAUUUCGAGUUCAAGCUUUUUCUGACUCAUCCUUCCCUCGACUUUUGAAGCUGUUUCUGAUAAUUUAAAACGUUUAUGUUAUCUCUAAGCAGUGCAAAUUGAAAGAAACACACCAGCACUGCUUAUUUUAACACUCCUGGACUAUCUAUAACUUACUGAUCACUCAAUACUUAUGUGCAUGUCCAACACCAGCUCUCCAUAAACUUUGGGAUCAAAUUAGGUGACACAACAAAAUCAUUUGAAGCUUUCAGGACUAACAAACCUUCAUUAAAGGCUGUAUAUACACUUUGUGCAGUACAGACAAAAGUCUGUACUGCACAUUGUUAAGAGAUGCUUCAAAUCAGAGAAAGAAAAUGGCUGGCUACC